CUUUUUUUUCUUUUUCUUUUUUCUCUAGUAUGUACUUGAUUGUUCUUUUAUGCUCUUGUUUAAUCAUAUUGACAACAUUAAGCCUAUGUGCAAAUCGAAUUCACGAAUUACAGGCAUCAGUUUUAUCCUAUGGAAAACUUAAUCUACACAAUACAAAAAAGCCCAAGACACGUUGGGCUCAUUAUCUAUCAACCUUGACAGUCCCAAAGCACUACUUUAACCAUUUCUAUAUCAUUGGCUUAUUAUUUGGAAUCAACUGUGCGAUUGAAUUGUAUUUCCAAAAGGGCGUUGUAUUUUAUUUAUUGCGUCAAUGGGAUCAACCCUCUGGAUCAUAUCAUUUACCUCAAUUGCAAUGUCAAGUUGGAUUACUAUUAAUGAACUUUCAUCUUGCAAGACGUGUCUACGAAUCCUUAAUAAUAGAAAGACCAUCAAAAGAAGCUAAAAUGCACAUAUCCCAUUAUCUUACGGGAGUUGGAUUCUAUGGUGCCAUGGUAUUUGGCACUUGGCUUGAAGGAGCUGCCCAUCUUGGUGUAUGGUCCUCAAGGACCAUUGAAAAAGGUCACUGGAACUUGUCAACGCUCAUCGCCUUAAUGCUAUUCUUUUAUGCCAAUUACCAUCAAUAUCAAUGUCACAGUAUAUUGGCUUCACUUCGAUCGAAUUCAACAGAAAGAUAUUCUGUCCCCAGAGGUGACUGGUUUGAGUGGAUCGUAGUACCUCAUUACUUUGCAGACAUUUUGAUCUAUGCCUCAUUGUGUAUCCUGUACCAAUUCAAAAACAUGACUCUUUUAUGUGGUCUCAUUUGGACUGUUGUUAAUCUUUCAAUCACUGCGAAUCAAACAUUUCUCUGGUAUCAAAAGCAUUUUCCUCAUCGUCAAGAGAAUCGUUGGAGAAUAAUCCCGGGCAUUUAUUAAACUGUUUAUUUGUUCUUGGUAAAACGAUAAGUGAAUCGUUUUCUAGUGAAUGAAAAUUCUCCUAAUUUGUGUCCAAUCAUCUCUUCGGUCACAUGAACUGGUAUAUAUUCUUUUCCGUUAUGCACUAAAAACUUCAAUCCAACAAAUGACGGUAAAAUGGUGCAGCUACGAGCUAAUGUGCAUGUCAGAUACAGUAAAUAAACAAAUAGUAAUGCGAACCUUGUGUUGCAAUAGGUGUUCCAUUUUGAACAGCUUGUUUUAAACCAGGGAAUGAGACAAAAAAGGGACCUUUCCAAGCUGAACGAGGCAUGAUAUUAAAGAAAGAGAGAGUGUAAGUGAAAG